AUUCAAAACAACGCAUUACGAAACUGUCGUUAUGGUAACAAAAUAAUCUAGGGUCUGGAGGUGUUCAUGCAGAUGACAGGAGUACUUAACAUAUAAAUAAAGGCAGAAAUAUUUCUUGUGUCUCUGCAAUCUUUAAACUUAAAGCAAUAAGACUUUUUCUGCCGUGUAGUUGAAAUAAAAGAUCAUGGAUUCCCAAGAAGGGACAUGUUGCGACGCAACCAAUGCAACUUCUCUUGCUGUAGCAGUUAAUAAUUUGGGGUUUCAACUCGGCAAAUUACUGGCAAAAGAAGACGCAAAUGUUUUUAUUUCUCCCCUCAGCAUCUCAAGUGCUUUAGCUAUGGCCUUCUGUGGAGCAAGAAAUGAAACUGCUCAAGAAAUGCGGCAAGUCCUCGGUUAUGAAAUAGCCAGCAUUAAGAACGAAGAAGUCAAGCACUGUUUUCUGCAUCUUUUAUCAGAGAUGGAACAAAUUAAAGAUUCCUGCACUUUAACAAGUGCUAACAUUGUUUUUAGUCAAGAUGGAUUCCCUCUCACCGAAGAUUUCGUUCAACUUCUUGAAGAUUCAUUCAAGGCCAUGACGCUAAAUGUUGACUUUUUGAAUGAAUCAGAUAAGGCUGUUCAACAAGCUAAUAAUUGGGUGAAUGAAAAGACCAAUGGAAUGAUUUCAAAUCUACUUGAUUCCCUCGACCCAGCCACAGUGAUGGUUAUUUUGAAUGCAGUUUACUUCAAAGGUGUCUGGAUGCUUCAAUUUGACCAGGAAGAUACUUAUGAGCAAGAUUUUUACAACAAUGGUUUGGAAGUUAAUGCAAAGCGAGUUGAAAUGAUGCACUUGAAAAAAUCAUUUCUGUACACUGAAAACAAAUCUUUCAGCGCCAUUCAGUUGCCUUAUGUGGGGGAAGAAAUAGUUAUGUCAAUUUUUCUUCCCAAAGCUCGUGAUGGUCUUGAUAAGCUGAUGACCGACGUAUCCACAGAUUUCUUGCAGGCUGUUAAAUCGAAAAUGCGAAAAGUGAAAGUUGAAGUUGCUUUGCCUAAGUUUCGACUGGAAUACUCAAAAUCUUUGAAAGAACUAUUUCAAACUUUGGGGAUAAAUCGUGCUUUUUCAACAAGUGCCAAUUUUGAAGGUAUAAGUAAAGCGCAAGGCUUAUUGAUUUCAGAUAUAAUUCACAAGGCCGUUGUGAUUGUAAAUGAAGAAGGAACUGAAGCCGCAGCUGCAACUGCUGUUGUUAUGGUGAAGCGUUGUUUAAGCAUGGAUCCUCAAUUUAUUGCUGAUCACCCGUUUUUCUUUCUCAUUUAUAAUUUGAAAACUGAUAUGACAUUGUUUAUGGGAAAAGUCAACGAGUUGUAACUACUAUACAAUACUAUAAAAUUUAUUACGUAAUUGCUAUUUUUAGUAUUCUAGUGCUUUUCAAAGUAUAAGAUUUCACUGCUGUUUUUAGUAUUGUUGCAUUUCAUAAAAAUAUUAGAUUCUCUGCUAUUUUAUACAUCUGUUGUGUUUUUUACAAUAUAAGAUUUCAUUCCUAUUUUUAAUACUGCUUUUCGUAUAAAAUAUGAUAUUCUCUGCCAUUUUAGUAUUAUUGAUUUUUAAUAAAAAUAUGAGAUUCUCUGCUAUUUUUAGUAUUGCUGUGCUUUAUAAAAUAUAAGAUUUCACUUCUAUUUUUAAUAUUGUUAUGUCUUCUAAAAUAUGAGAUUCUCUGCAAUUUUCAGUAUUGUAGUGUUUUUUAAAGAAUAAGAAUCACUGCUCUUUUUGGUAAUUGUGUUUCAUAAUAUCUAAGACACUGCUUUUCAAUGUAGUAUAUUAUAUGGAAAGGCUUGAGUUCUCACAAAUUUCACGGAUGUAGCUAAUUUAACAAUCUUAGAGACAAGUUUGGAUUAGUAUUACAAUGUUUCUUUGAAAAUAAGAUAAAUAAUUUAUAAAUUGUUAAUGUCAAAAUCAACUAUAUGUUAAGGCUAAGUAAUUAGUUCAUUGAUAUUUUUCAUGGGUUCAAUAAAAAUCACUGAUUUAAAACAUAA